AUGUAUCCUCAACAUGGUGCCCCUAUGGCGCCUCCCCAGAAACCCGAGACGUUCAUGCUCUCAAACGAGGCUCAGCAGAGCCUCCCUCAUGAUGCGCAAGUCGCACUGCAGCAGGUCGAUAACCUCAAAUACUUCCUUCUCUCAGCACCCGUGGACUGGCAUACGGACCAACUGAUUCGCAGGUUCUUGCUUCCGACGGGCGACUACAUAUCAUGUGUUCUCUGGAACAACCUCUUUCACAUUUCGGGAACCGAUAUCGUGAGAUGCCUGGCUUUCCGAUUCCAGGCCUUCGGUCGCCCAGUCAAGAAUUCGAAGAAGUUCGAGGAGGGUAUCUUCUCGGACUUGCGAAACCUCAAGGCCGGAACUGAUGCCACGCUAGAAGAACCCAAGAGCCCAUUCCUCGAUUUCCUGUACAAGAAUAAUUGCAUCCGCACUCAGAAGAAGCAAAAGGUGUUUUACUGGUACAGCGUACCCCACGAUCGCCUUUUUCUUGAUGCGUUAGAGCGUGAUCUGAAGCGCGAGAAGAUGGGGCAGGAGGCGACCACAGUUGCAGUCAGCGAGCCUGCUUUGUCCUUCGAGUUUGAUUCAUCGCAGUCAUUGUAUGAACAGCUCACAAAGGCACAACAAGCGAACUCAUCAUCGUUUGCUGCUCACGCAAGUACGACAUAUGGCCAACCUGCAUCCCCAGUGGUUCGGACCGUUGACGCUAUGCCUCCUCCUCAGAUGGCUCCCCAAAUGGCUCCCCCGGCGCUACCCCUUCUCCCGGACGAGUCCGGCAACCCGGCGAUGUACAACCCGAUUCCCAUGCCUACGACUCUAGCCCAAAACGUCAUUAAGCGUGAAGCGGACUAUGGGCAGAUCCAGUAUGAUCGCAAUGGAAUGCCGAUCGCCCGCAUUCACCAACGCCAUGCGUCAAUGCCAACGUUCGUCGAAUACUCCCCGGCUCCAUCCUUUGUGUCUUCGCAGUACGAGGAUUACUCCAAUCGAGGCCUAUCAUUUGAACCAGUCACGCCUCCGCAACAUGGUCACCUCGGCGCCGAACCAGCUUAUAUCGCUAACGAAGAUACCGGGCUCUAUACUGCUAUCCCUGAUAUCUCCGCAGCUCCUUUCCAUCCAAUGAUGCAGCUCCCUCCGUCAAAUUUCACAAGUGCUCAUUUCCCAACUCCGGCCAGAUCCUUCCCCUCAAAUGUCUAUUCUAUGCUAGAGGGCUCACCGACAUACAAGCAGCGUCGGCGUCGGUCUUCUAUCCCCCCGGGUGUUACCAGUGCCGCUGCUACUAUGCUCCCGCAAGUCACAGGUCCACAACCCCAAGCUGUUGCUUAUGCCGCCCACCGGCCAAGUGACCUUCGACGAUCUGUAUCCAGCUCCGUGGCCCCUAUUCCAGAGGCGGAUGAUUCCCGUCAUGACAUUCAUCGCCCUGUCAAUGGAUAUCGUGCUGCAGUCCUUCCCCAGAAGAAUCUGCUGCAUGAGAUGUCCCGCCAUAGCACUCCCCUGUCGAGCUUGGAUGAGAAUUCCGAGCAGCAGCAUGUCAUGCAUCCCACCAACCCGACGGAUGAACUCGCUCCUCUUCCCGAUGGAGAGACGCUCGAAAUUUCAGCCCAACACAAUGCGGCAAGCAAGAUAGAAAGGUAUGCCCCGGGGCCUGUCCGUCGGGCUCGGAGUGCUACCAUGAUGGAACUUGGUCCCUAUCCACAGAAGUCACACUCCUGUCCGAUCCCAUCAUGUGGACGGCUAUUCAAAAGAUUAGAACACUUGAAGCGGCAUGUGAGGACGCACACUCAAGAGCGGCCUUAUCCUUGCCCCUAUUGUAACAAGGCUUUUUCGCGGUCGGAUAACCUUGCACAACACCGCCGCAUUCAUGAGGCGCAGCAGGAUGGUCAGCCGCCAAUUGCUAUCCCGGACGAUGACUUGGAAAAUGAAGAGAAUGGAUUUGGUUCCCAAGACGAGGGAUCCUCGCCGUCAGACUCGAUGCCAAGUGCAAUCGUCCCUAGCAUGACUACAGUGCCCUCUGCAAUGAGCUUACCUACUACUAUGCCCACCAUGAUGGCUCCGCAUAUGGUUACUCCCCAGCUCUUGCAGCAACAGAUUUGA